GAAAACGUCAUGAAAGGAGGCGUGGCGACAUAAAUCGCUGUAGCCACGUAAUCCGGGAAGUAGGAAGUGCUCUAGUCACAGAAACAGACGAAGAUGGCUCAGUUUGAGGAAGUAUCUAAAAAAUCAGAGCUGCAUCCGAAGCCGGAAGACCUUACGUUGCAGUAUGGCACAGCUGGAUUCCGCACUCACGCCAAACAUCUGGAUCACAUCAUGUUUCGCAUGGGCUUGUUGGCAACUUUGAGGUCCAAAAAGACAAAAUCCACCAUUGGAGUCAUGGUGACUGCUUCUCAUAACCCAGAAGAAGACAAUGGGGUGAAGCUUAUUGACCCCAUGGGGGAGAUGGUGACAGCGGUUUGGGAGGGAUACGCCACACAACUUGCUAACGCCGAGCAGGACUCUCUCCUUAAAGAACUGAAGGACAUUAUUGAGAAAGAGGACAUCGACAUGAGCGUGCCUGCAUGCAUCUACGUCGGCAAAGACACCAGGCCAAGCAGUGCUAGUCUCUCUCAGGCUGUACUGGAUGGCGUUUCCAGUUUGGGUGGCAAAACUCAUGACUAUGGUCUGGUCACCACUCCCCAGCUGCAUUAUAUGGUGUGCUGCUGCAACACGAACGGCUGCUACGGCAGUCCCACUGUUGAGGGCUACUACCAAAAACUCUCACAGGCUUUCCUUCAGCUCACCCAGAACGCCUCAAACCGCACCGAUGAUCAGAAGAGGCUUCUGGUGGAUGGAGCCAACGGCAUCGGGGCAUUGAAAAUGAGAGAAAUGGAGCCGUUUCUUCGCUCAGAACUGCAGGUGGUGCUUUCGAAUGACGGCAGUAGUGGGAAACUCAACCACAUGUGUGGAGCAGAUUACGUCAAAGUCCAGCAGAAAGCGCCUCAAGGUAUGAAUAUGGGAGUAGGUGAGCGCUGCUGCUCGUUCGAUGGUGAUGCCGAUCGCAUUGUUUUCUAUUACACCGACUCUAAAGGCUGCUUCCAUCUGCUGGAUGGAGACAAGAUCGCUACUCUCAUCAGCACGUACCUCAAAGAGCUGCUCACACAGGCAGGGUUGAACUUACAGAUUGCUGUUGUUCAGACAGCAUAUGCCAAUGGGAGCUCAACCCGCUACUUGGAGGACGUCAUGAAGGUCACUGUAUGCUGUACAAAAACAGGAGUGAAGCACCUACAUCAUGCGGCACAGGAAUAUGAUAUUGGGGUGUAUUUUGAGGCUAAUGGACAUGGAACUGUUUUGUUUAGUAAAGCAGCACAGAAACAGAUUCAGGAGCUGCUGAAAGACUCGAACACAAACGAUGAGAGAAAGCGAGCGGUGAAACUCCUGGAGAGCACCAUCAAUCUGAUCAACCAGACGGUGGGAGACGCGAUCUCGGAUAUGCUAGUGAUUGAAGCAGUGUUGGCCAUCAGAGGGAUGUCUGUCCAAGACUGGGACGCAAUUUACACAGACUUGCCCAACCGCCAACUUAAAGUCACGGUGUCAGACCGGCGUGUUAUAGAUACAACAGAUGCAGAAAGGAGGGCCGUGACUCCAGAGGGUCUGCAGGACGCCAUCGACUCGCUUGUUAAGAAAUAUAAAAGCGCUCGGUCCUUCGUUAGACCGUCUGGAACUGAAGAUGUGGUCAGGGUUUAUGCUGAGGCUGACACACAGGAAAACGCUGAUAGUCUGGCUCACGAGGUCAGUCUGGCUGUGUAUCGUCUCGCUGGAGGAGUCGGAGACGAGCCAAAACCUUUACAUUAAUCAAGCAUUCAUGCAAACAGUCAGUCUGAAUCCAUCCAGGAAAUGUAUGAAAACUGUAAAUGUACAGUAGACUAGUAUUUGUUGCACAAACAAAUGUUUUGGGAGAUGAAAAAUGUUAAUAGUUUACUCUUUGUACUGUAUGAAUGACCAGCAAUCUUUAUAAAUGGAAGUGUAUGAUUAUGUUAAACUGUGAUCUUUGUGAACCUUUGUUUACACUAAUUUCAUUACAGAAUAAUCAAGUUUGGCCCUUUUUCCCAAUUCAUCUGCCAUUUUGAUUUUAGAAGAAAAUAUCUUUCAAUAGUUUUGGAAUAGAUAUUUGAAUGUUUUUAAAAUAAGCCUCUUAUGUUCACCAAGGCUGCAUUUAUUUGAUAAAAAUACAUUACAAACAGCAAUAUUGUGAAAUAUAAGUAUGAUUUAAAUAUCGAAUCUGUUUUAAUAUGUAAUUUAUUCCUGUGAUGUCAAAGCUGAGUCUUCAAUGUUACGUGAUCCUCCAGAAAUCAUUCUAAUACUGAUUUGCUGCUCAAGAAACAUUCGAUUAUUAUCAAUGCUGAAAACAGUUGUGCUGAUUAAUAUUUUUGUGGAAACCAUGAUAAUUCUUUUCCAGGAUGAAAAAAAGUUCAAAAUAACAUUUACUUGAAAUAGAAAUCUUUUGUAACGAUGUAAUAUUCAGUAUGUAUCAGUUGAUCAAUUUAAAUGCAUCCUUACUGAGUAAAAGUAUUAAUUUCUCUAGAAAAAAAACAAAACAACAAACUUUUCAAUAGUAGUGUAUGUGCAAUCAGUAUUGGCCAGCUCUCUAAUAAAAACCUUAUUGUACUAAAUAAAAUAGAGAUUGGGUGAAUUAGAA